UGAGAAAAUGUUUUGGUUUCAAGAUCAGCGAGUAGUCUGUAUUGACACCGACGUUUGAAGCACACAAGAUCUACGCAGCAUGACAUUUGUGUUGUGCAGUUGUUGUAGUUAUGAAUCAGAGUGGGGUAUUUCCUCUAGUGCGUCCAGAACGACAUCAGACAUUCACUCGACCCCUCCAUAGCGUAACUAAAUGCAAUCUUGCUUGCAAUUUGUACCAUUUUGGUAGACUUGAUGAGGAAUCCGAUGCCAUCGCCAUCGUUCUAAUUGAUUGCGAUUCCAUCCAAUUGACCAGGGUUAACCACCGGUUUCGCACGUAAGAAACCUACAUAUAAAGUACACUAUUCUCAAGAUCCAGUGUUAUCGCUCUCAACCUCUCUUCAUAUCUUAAAUACUGCUAGAUACGCCAUAUCCACUCAAUCAAUCACCAUGAAAGCAGUCCAAAUCCUCGAAAAGGGCAAAGCCGGCGUCGUCGACGUCCCCAUCCCCAAAAUCCGCCCAAACAGCCUCCUCAUCCGGACCAUCGCUGUCGCCCUCAAUCCCACAGACUGGAAGCACGUUGGGUAUCUCGACACCCAAGUAACCGUCGGUUGCGACUGGUCCGGCAUCGUAGAAGAAGUCGGCUCAGAAGUGACGAAGCCGUUCAAGAAAGGCGACCGCGUGUGGGGAUUCAACCACGGCAGCAACAUUGAUGAUCCCGAGGGCGGUGCUUUCGGCGAGUAUCUCAUCACGCUGGCAGACUUUGUGAUGAGGAUUCCAGAGGGCAUGGGGUUUGAGGAGGCGGCUUCUUCUGGGUCGGGGAUCUUGACGGUUGGGCAGGGGCUUUAUCAAGAGAUGGGACUUCCGUGGCCGAGUGAGCCUCUCGAGGACGCGAAGCCGUUGUUCAUAUAUGGUGGAUCUUCUGCCACUGGGGCUCUCGGUAUCCAAUUUGCCAAACUAUCCGGAUUCGAAGUCAUAACAGCAUGCUCGCCCCGCAACUUCGAAUACGUCCAGAGUCUAGGGGCCUCGAAAGUCUUCGACAUCAACAGCAACGAUCUAGGCGCCGAGAUCCGCGCGUACACCGACGACAAACUGUACUACGCGUGGGACUGUGUGGGCGGUCCAAACGCAUUUCCAGUCUGCACGUCCGCGCUCGCAUCUUCGGCGCCAGAAGGGCAGAAGAUCAUCUUUGGGACUAUUGUGAACAGCAAAGAACGACCGCGCGACGAUGUCACGUAUACUUACAGCAUAGGAUACUCUGCGGCGGGGAAAUCGUAUGUGCUUGGUGGUGUGAGGCGGCCGGCGCAACCUGACCACUAUGACUUUACGAAGAAGUGGACGGAGUUUGCAGAGAAGUUGAGGUUAGAGGGGAAGUGGAAGGCACAUCGGCAGGAAGUGAGGGAUGGUGGGUUUGAGGGCAUUUUGGGGGGAAUGCAGGAUAUGAAGGAUGGGAAGGUCAGCGGUGUGAAGCUUGUUUAUAGGGUUGGUGAGCCUUGAUUAGGAAUUUGGGAAUAAGAGGAAUGUCAAGCUGGGUGUAGAUGUCUUGAAUGUGAGCAAAGUACGUUUAAGGGAAUUAAGAGAAGCAGUGCCAAUGCUGGAAUUGUUUGAUGAGAUCUUGUUGGACGCAUGCCAUCGCAAUACCGUUCUUGUGAGAUAUAACGAUAGAUCAUGGAUCAGGGGUAAAAUUAGACUAACCGUGGACGGGGACGGGAU